CUGCGAUUAACUUUCACGAUUUAUUGUGAAAUGCAUUUUUUGACGUAGAUAUCUGAACACUUACACUGUUACACAGGGCCGAAUUCAAAAUCGUUGUCAUAUCAUUUGGACCUGGUUAGUUUGUUUACAAACAAUCAAAAGUUCAAUGGAAGCAGUAUUUCGCCUUGAACAUUUAAAAAAUACAGGAAAAAAGAACUCAAAUAGCAAUCCAACUGGUUUUCCCACUUCUGCUUAUGACUACUUGAAAAGUGUUCAGCAUGAAGCAUCAAACUGCCCAGAUAUUGUAGUAGCUGACAUGGAUUGCAGUAUCUUCCAGGCCAAUCAAGAUCAUAAUUUCAUGCUUGUUGAGCCAGUCAACACAUCUGGGCUAUCAGUCCUGUGGCAAAAUGAGCAAGUGUCAGCAUUUUCUGAAAUCAGACAGUUCCUAGCACAUCAAAAACUCCUGUUUGUUAAGAAAAAUAUUGAAAAGAGAAAGUUGCCAGAUCCUCAAAAUUCAGAGCAAUGGUUAAAAUUUUGCUUUGGUCAAACAACACAAGAAUCUUUUUCAAGCAAUGAAAACAAUGAAAACAAUGGUUGUCCAGCUUUUCUUGGUAUAAUUUGUCAAAUGAACCAGACAUUAGUAUUGAAAGUGCUAGACCAUCAUAUUCAUUGGAUGGAAUCAAGACCGUUUACAAUGCUGCAGGGGCAAUGGAUUUAUGCUUUAUUAAUUGCUGUUGAGAAGCCAUUACUACCAGACACAACCUAUGCCUUACGCAUGCUAGCAAGAUUAUGCUCAAAACAAAAAAAUAGUUUGGCAAUUGGUCAAACGGAUGAAAUGGCUGCAUUAUGUUUGAUCAUUACUCUUGUAAUGGGGUACUUUGGUCAAAGUGAUCUUGGAGCAGAACACUAACCAAAUGAAAUUUGAUGGAAUGUAUAGUUUAUAAAAAUAAAAUCAUUGUUUUGUAAAGAAAAUUUAGCCUAGGUUAUUAAAUGAUCAUCUGCAUAGAAAUGAAGGAAAGUUGCAAUUAGAAGGAUUUUGUGAACUA